AUGCGGGGCGAAACUGUGCUGGAGCGUAUACUUGAAGGAGACGAGGAACCCAAGGAUCUGCCAUUAGCACUCCUACAGCACAUCACCAAUGAUUUCUGUGAAGAGAGAAAAAUCGGUCAGGGUGGAUUUGGGGACGUUUACAAGGGCGUACUCCGGAACGGGCUUGCUGUUGCUGUGAAGAGGAUACAUAUAAAUGUAGACGCAGUCGAUGACAAGCUUUUUCGCCGUGAGUUUAAUAGCCUAUGGAAGACCAAUAAUCAUCAAAAUGUAGUCCGCUUUCUUGGCUUCUGUUCUAAUUCAUAUCAGAUACGGAUACAAGAGGCUGGACCAGAAGAAAUUAAAUUGGCCAAUGUGAGAGAAAGAUUGCUCUGUUUUGAGUACAUCAGCAAUGGAAGCCUUGAUAAGCAUAUUACCGAUGAAUUAAGGGGACUCGAAUGGGAAACACGCUAUGGCAUAAUCAUCGGAAUUUGCAAUGGUCUGUGUCAUCUCAAGGAAAAAAAUAUUAUUCAUAUGGACCUCAAACCAGCAAACAUAUUACUGGAUGAUCAUAUGGUCCCCAAAAUCACAGAUUUUGGUUUGUCAAGGCCAAAUGAAAGCUCACAUACAAUUGGUCAACGUUUUGGAACACGAGGAUAUCUCGUGCCGGAGUACGAGAAUGCUGGCAAAACUUUGGUCAAGUCUGACAUAUAUAGUUUGGGUGCCAUAAUUAUUGAAUUAGUAACGGGAUGUAUGGGUGCCCCUGACAAAAUAAAUGUACUUCGAAGGUGGAGACACAGGUGGAGUAAGCCACCGACGUUAAAACAAUACCAACAAGUAACUAGAUGCAUUGACAUAGCAGCACGUUGCAGGCAGCAAGAACCGGGACUUAGACCUUCUAUAUUGGAAAUAAUCAGCAGCCUGAUUGGACCUGAAAGCACGGAUGUGCACACUGGCCAGGUAGGCUAG